AUGAAAGUUAUUCACACCAGAAUCCAAAGCACAACACCACAGAAAUCUGCAUCUACUUCCCAAGGCAAACCGUACAAAUGCAAUGUCGGAAACUGUACCAAGAGUUUCAAGUCAAGGUAUGACCUUAGGGAACACUACCGAACCCAUACUGGAGAAAAGCCAUAUCAAUGUACGAAAUCAGGAUGUGACAGCAAGUUUUCGGCCCUCGGAAAUCUAAAGACUCACGAACGACAACACACAAAUGAACGCCCAUACAAGUGCGAAAAAUGUGAUUGGGCAUUUACACGGAAAUUCACUCUUACCGUACACCAGAAAACCCACGAGCUAAUCCGACCAUCAUAUUACGUCUGUCCCCUCGAUUACUGUUUCAAACAGUUCAGGCGACUCGGCAACCUCAAAACGCACCAUAACAAAACCCACGCCGUCACGAUCGGCCGUCUGACGGACCAGUUUGCCUCCAUCAAGGACGGCGACAUCGAGUCUGCUGCGGACAAGGACAAGGAGCUGUGGGACUAUUUCACCAACCUUUACAAGAACAGCAGCAAGGGUAUGAAGCUCCGCGGUAAGGAUCGUGAAGUCAAAGGUGCAGAUGGAGGACACAGUAUGGUUGGUACUGGCAGGGAGAACUGA